AUCUCUAGCCAAAACGUGGUUUUGUGUAAAAGUUAAAGAAAACGAAUUUGCAAGAAAUAACAAAAACACUGCGCUUUUUAAUGUCAAAAAGAAUAACAGCGAUAAGAAAAUACAACAAGGACUGGCACGAUGAGCGAUCUUGAAGAAAUGGACAACGACAGGCUGAAUGAGCUGGAGUCAAUACUAUACGCUUCAAUACAUUAUAGUGAUGCAACAAGUGAGGAGCAACAUGCCAAGGCUGUGGAUGUGGAUGCGCGGUCGAUGCCACCACCUUUGCAACAACAACAGCAGCAGCAUCGCUUUGUUAGUGGAAAGCGUGUUAUCAACAAUGCAACAACAACAAUUGGCAAACCACGUUAUUGGAUAGACAACAAAGGCGAAAGCAAUGCAACAAUUGGCGAAUCUACCAAAUCACCAAAGACAAGCGAAGUGCCGCCAACUGAAGAUGAACCAAAGACGACGGCGCAGCCAAAGCGCAUGUUGCCGCCGCCACCAGCAACCACAGUAAAUACCUCGCAAAAGGCCAACAAGGUUAACAACGCCAAGAAGAACCCUCCAAAGCCAAUCAACAAUGUGCAACAGUUACUGCAGAAUCAGCAGCAAUUGAAACGCAAGCAGCUGCAACAGGCGACUAAAAAGCAACAACGUCAACAGCUUCAACUGCAACUACAGCAACAAAGUCAGCAAGAGCAGAAACAACAUCAGCAUCAGCAGCAACAACAACAACAGCAGCAGCAACAACAUCAGCAGCAGCGACAACAGAAACCACCGAAACCACAAACAACUUCUAAAACAACAAAUGAUGAACCCGAGCGUUUUGAUCAACGUCUUUUGGUCGCCAUACCUCCAAAUUGGCCAAAAACAAAGCGGGAGCCGGGACAGCGUGCUGUGGCGCCUUUUGGCAAGGCAAAUCGCAAGCUGGAGCAGCUUCAGAAACUGGAACAAAAGCGACAGAAAUCGAAACAGGCGCGUGCCACCAAUAAGAAACUCAAACAAAACAAUGAUCAGCCCGUGGAGAUGAUUGAUCUGGUGGAUAGCGAAACUUCGUCGAAUGCAGAUGAUGUUGUCAUUGUGCCGCUGCCGCCAGUGCCAAUCAUUGAUGUGGAUGCCAGCGAGGAUGAGCAGAACGAAGAUGGCGAGGAGGCGAAAGGGCAGUUCACGCAACCUUAUCUAGAGGAAAAUGCCAUGGAUGCCGCCGACGUUAAGCUGGGCGUCAAUUGUGCUGUGGAGCCGGCAGCUUUAUCAUCAGCGUUAACCUCGCCCUGCAAUUCUGUGCUUUCGAGUGAUGAUUUUAUUGUACAAAAAGACACGAGUCGUUUGCUGGCGGAUCAUGCACGUGCCACCGAUGAGGAUUUGCUGGUAUUGACUGAGAAUGCAAUCCGUAAUGCUGCCGAGCCAGACAGUCAAACUAUGGAUAGGGAAGAGGUGCUCGACAACUCAUCCGAAUACGAAUUUGUGCCACCCUCUAAGCUGGAGGAGAUUAAGCAAAACUUUCGUGUGGAUGAGCAACAAUUUCGCGCUCUCGAUGUCUACGAGAGUGAAUCAGAUCUCACCGAGAGUGGCAUUUAUUGCAAGGCCAAACAGAAGGCGACACCAACGAUUAUACGCAGCGUGGACACCGACUCGAAUUCCAGCGAUGUGGAGGCUGUGAUCGAGGAUAAUGUGGUAAAGACCAAGCGACUGCGCAAACGUCGUGCCUCAAGCACCAAAGACACACAAUCCGAUCCAAACAAUGAGCUCGAUGCCGAUGAGACGGACAGCGAUAAUGAUGAUGUGGAGGCCACCGGAGUGCCGGGCAUAGCUCGUGGCAUGGCUGUGGAGCGCUGCAAGCGUAAGAUACGACGCAUUAGUCAGCGACGUUGCUCGGAGAGUGCGGUCAACACAGAGCCCAGGAAGCUAGCGCCCAUCGAAGGCAGUUCGGACAGCGGUGCUGAGGAUGAAGCGUUGCCAACGGCGCGACAGAUUGCGGAGCGUUUGCUGAAGCAGGAGCAACAGAGGGAAAUGCAGGCUGUGGACACAACCGAAGAUGUGGCGAUGGUGAGCGAAGGCUCCGAUGCCAACACUGAGGAGGAGGCUGAAAUGAAUGAGGCCAUUACGGAAGAUAUGAGCACAGUAUUCAAGCAGAUCGAUGCGAGAACAGAACGCUCGAAGCGCACUCUGGAAGCCAAUGAACAAGCGACGGUGAGCACCACAGAGGCGCAACCGGAAGACGAGGAUGAGGACGAUGUAGUUACUGUUGAAAUGCAAACUCAGGACUUGGAGACAGUGUUAGAUGAAGAGGUGGAACAGGUGGAAAAAGAAGAAGAGUCUGUGCUGCAAUUGGAGCACAAUAUGUCAGAGCUCAAAGAGGAGUUGACUGGCGGUGAUCUUGUGGGCUGGAAUGAUGAAAUGUGUCGCUUCUACAAUGACAGCUGGAAUGGUGAACAAUUCAACAUGAACAAGCUGCUCAAAGCCAUGUCUGGACAACGUCACGAGUGGCGAAUUUCGAAUGCAGAUCGCUAUCCAGUGAUGCGCAAACGCUCCAAUCUUAAGUGCACCAAUUGCUUUGAAAUGGGCCACAUGCGUGCCAAGUGUCCGCGUCCACGGAAACCCGUCACAUGUUACACCUGCGGCACAACCGGACAUGCCGAGCCACGCUGUCCAAAUGCCAUUUGUCUGGGCUGUGGUGCCAAGCAAGCGCUCUACGUGCAGAAGUGCAACAAGUGCUCGUUCCUCAGUCGGAUGAUCUGCCAGCUGUGCAAGAUGCGUGGCCACAGUACGGACAUGUGCCCGGACAAGUGGCGUCGCUAUCAUUCCACGACACGCUCCAAUGUGUCGCUGGAGUCAAAAGUACAGUAUCGCACGAAGCAUUGCAGUUAUUGUGCGGCACGUGGGCAUCUGUUUGAGGAUUGUCGUCAGCGCAUUGGCGAGUAUCGCAACACCAACUACACCACCACGAUAAUGUCGCAUCAGAAGGUCUACAAGGAUCGCGGGGGACCGCUGAGCUAUCUGGGUGAUUCCUCCACAUUUUUUUCAAUCGAGACACCAUUUCAUUUCAAUUGGAGCUCGGAAUUCUCGAAGAACAGUUGCUAUGGUCGCUUCCUGAAGGCUGUGGGACUUGCACGUCCGCAAAAGAAAGCUCAGACGGCAACGUUGCAACAAUCGCAGCAACUCAAGCGUUAUUCGAAUGAUUAUGUGCCCAAUCCCUUGGUGCAAGCAGCACUAGGAAACAAGACAACGGCUUCGACUUCGCCUUCGACUUCGACUUCGACUUCAGCUGCAACUAUAACUGCAACAUCAACAUCAACUGCGACUGUAAUAAUCGACGAGUUGCCUGAGCCGGAGGAAGAUGCAGUUACAGAAGUUAUUGCCUCGCCUGUGGAGGAGACACAGCAGCCGGUGUUUGUUAUUGAUACUCAGAGCAAGCCAGCAGAAGCUAAGACCACCGCGACAGCUACAACAGCGACAGCAACAACGCCCAGUAAGCCCGCAAUUAGUAAGCCCAGCGUGACGCCUCACGACCUGGACUCGGACUCCAAUUACAGUUUCUCCGAGCACUUUGAAGUACCUAGCUCAACGACCACAACAACAAAUGAGGUGGAAAUCGUAGAGGAUACAUCACCAGCAACCCCCAAGUCAGGGCCGAUGGAGAAUCUGCCCGAAAUGAUACCGUUGAGCUCAACAGCGGAUGACAACGAGGAGGAGAACGUCAACUUGAGCAACAAUCGCUAUUCGCAGGGCAUCUCAAUGUGUGUGACCAGCAAGGCGACAUCCACCUCGAAUGCAACAGCAGAAGAUGCUGGAAGUUUACCCGAUGUGCCUUCGGAGGCAAAGAUAUUGAUGGCACAGGAUCAAACGCAGUAUUUGUUCAGUCCGGAGGGUUGUCAGUUCUUGACAGCGUCGGCCAAGAAGUGCAAUGUGAGUGUGCGCAUGGAUUUCAAAGAGUAUGGCUAUGUGCUGGUCAUUUACGGUCUCAAAAAGAAUCAGGAGGAAUUGCAGCUGAUGCUUUUGCAUCGGAAUCGUGAGGUCAAACGUCGCAGCAACGAUAUCCAACGUCAAAAGCCACCCAAACGCAUCGAUGUGCUCAUACGUUUCCUCCGCGACGGCAUUAAUAGCUUAAACACCGAUCUCGGUAAUGCCAAAACACAUUUCAUACGCAUUAAGGAGCUGGAGGAGAUGAACACCAAGAAUGGCUUUAAGCUGGCCGAACGCAAGCGACGCCUGCUCAACAUGAUACUGUUUGGUCAGGCGGGAUUGGGCAAUGGCAGCAUGCAUCUGGAUCAAUUGUUGGUCAUACUCAAGCGUCUGCUGGAACUUUCGCCCGAUGAGAAUGCUACGUCGGCAAUGCGCAAUGAGAUCGAAGAACACUAUAGCGUAAUCUUUAGUGCGCAACCCAAUGACAAUUAUGAAGUUUUGUUGCAGAACUACGCCAAGCUGGACAUUAAGAAUCGACUCAAGUCGUUGAAUAUCGAGCCAGCUGUGUUGGGUUUAACGCCACGCAAAGCGAAUGCCACGCCGCGUCGACUCUCCUCGCCACCGCCACCGCCUCCCGUUUGGACACAGGAUGCAACGCCGCCAGCUGCGCCUAAGAAUAAUCGUGUGGCCAAACCGCGUGCGUUGUUGAAUGCCAAGUGGUCGGAUCACCAGCAGCCAGCGGUGCCGCCACCUCCAGUCUGGCAGGACGAGGCUGCUCCAGGCAAUCAGCAGCAACAGCAGUCGCAACAACAGCAUAAUAAUCGUGUAGCAAAGCCACGCCAUCAACAGCAGCAGCGUCGACAGCUGCCAUUGCCGCCCAUUUGGCAACACGAGGAGCAGCAGCAGCAGCAGCAACACAACAACAACAGCAACAACAAAUUGCGUUUACCCAAACAGCGAAUGCAACCAUAUGCCAGACCAAUUGGCCAGCAGCAAUCACAGCUACCUUGCAACAACAUGCAACAGCGUGCAAUUGCCACUGGAGGAUUGCACCUGCAACGCCAUCAGCCGCUGCAAUCGGAGUGUGUGCGUCUUUUGGCUGGCAUGGAACGUGAUUCGUCGUCGCGCAACAACAUCAAUACGGAUUCAUCGAAGCCAUCGAUAUUCUGGUCACGUGAAUCGCUUCGCUACCUAGAUGAAAUGUUCCGCACAACCGCGAAUCCAGAGACACUGGAGCGACUGCAUCGUGUGUUGGAUCGUUCGAGACGCGGAGAAUUGUCGCACAAUGAUUAUCGAGCCGUGAUUCGAUUGCACUCGCUGAUGGGGCCCAACUAAAAGUUGUGCUUAAAUACUAGGGGGAAAUAGGGGCGGGAAUUAUAGUUGUAUAUGUUUAUAUAUCAUCUUAAGACUAGACAUGAGCUUACAAAUGGAGUACUACUAAUAAUACUAUUAGAAUAUGUGGGUAUGUCGAAGAUAUUACCCAAACAAACAGAGAAAUGAAUAAAAGAAAUCUGGACUUUUCAAUUUAA